UUUUGUUUCACAGCCUUUUAAAACGCAGCCUCCGUCACUACAUUUUCCUGUCUGUCAAACUGCUGUCGAUCUCAGUGUAUCCAGCUGUAGGAUGAAGGGAACAUCUGUCCACGGGAUCCUGGCUCUCAUCUUCCUGUUGUGCUGCAGAUCAAACCAAGCUGGUCUGACUGUGAGUCCCAUUAGAUCUCAGUUUUUCGAUGGAGAAGCUGUAUCUCUGAGCUGUGAGGAGGACAACAGCUCAGCUGACUGGACCGUAAGGAGGAACACAAGUAGAAGAGAGUCAGAGUGUGGAUAUGGAUGGGGGAAACGUGUUGGUCCAUCCUGUAAUAUCAGCAGCCUCUUUGUAGAUGACAGUGGAAUUUACUGGUGUUGGUCGUCCAGAGAGGGAGCAGCCAGCAGCAGCAUCCAGCUCACUGUCACUGGUGGAUCAGUGAUCCUGCAGAGUCCUGUCCUCCCUGUGAUGGAGGGAGAUGACGUCACUCUGAGCUGUCUAACCUGGACCACUCCCUCCAACCUCCCAGCUGCUUUCUAUAAAGAUGGCUCCCUCAUCAGGACUGAGCCCAAAGGUCACAUGACCCUCCACCAUGUGACCAGCUCUGAUGAAGGCCUCUACAGGUGUAACAUCAGGGGUCAUGGAGAGUCUCCAUCCAGCUGGAUCUCUGUUGAAGCCCUGCCGACCUCUAAAGCCACCUACCUCAGACUGGUCUGCCACCUGGUGGUCUUUUGCCCAUACUUCAUCUCAACUCUCCGUAUGAUUUUCUUGUAUCGAAGAAAAGCUACAGCUAGCAGUAAGGGUUUCAACUGUUUCCAUGGUGAUGACGCCCCUCGCCAAGCCUGAUGAUGUCAUAGCUGGUGUCACCACUCUGAUUUCUGAAAUUAUUUUUUUAUUAGUUGUUUUUACUUUCAGUGUGAAUUUCAACAAUGUUUAGUGUUUAUAUAUAUAACACUAAAUGUUUGUUAUUCUUCAUGGCAUCUGGACUUUUACUGAAAACAGAAAAUAAAGUUGCAUCGCUUGUGCUCAUUUUAUUUAAAGUUACUGUAAGAGGAACUUUUUUUUUUUGAGCUUACAAACAUCAGCAUAAAGAAUUUAUUCCUCAUAUAAAGGUUUUAAAUUUGUUGAAAGGUAGUACCACAAUAAUGACAACACAUAUAAAAGAUAUUAUAUCAA